CAACUCUCUCUUAAAAAUUUUUUUUUUCUUAAUUUUUAUAUAUAUUUUUUAAUCGAGAUGGGUUCUAUGAAUUGGAGUAUAGAAGAAGUAAAGUCUUGGCUUGCUAAUACUUUACAACUUGAUGAACAAGUUGUAAAGAUAUUUGAAGAAAAUGAAAUCAAUGGUGAGAUAUUAUUAAAUCAUAUAACGGACAAUAUUCUGUUAAACCGCUUGGGUGUCAUAUCAUAUAAUUCUAGAUUUAAAAUAUUAAAUGGGAUACAAGCUUUACAAUUGGAAAAUGAAGGAGAACUUCAAAUUGUUCCUUUAGUUUUACCUGCAUCAACAUCAUUUAUAUUUGAGUCGCCAAAUGAAGUUAAUGAUCGAGAUCCUAAUAAAUCAGUAGAAAAUAAUAUUACAAAUCUAACAAUUGAUGAUGGUGAAACUUCUGAUGUUAUUUCCAGUGAGGAAGAAUAUGAUAGUGAUGAAGAUAGGAGUGAUCUUUAUGAGGACAAUGAUGCAUUGUCUAAGGAUGAUGAGGGAGAUACAAUAAUGGAAGAAGAUGAUAGGGACAAUGACAUUGAAUUAAAUAAUAAAAAAGACACUUAUGAAUCAAAUGAAGUUUUCCUUUCCAAGUUUCAUGUUAUCAGAGCUGGAAAAGAUAUGAUUUCAAAGGAAGAGGAGGAGAGAAUCUUAUCACUACGAAAAGAGUUUGGUUAUGCAACAAAGUGGAUGUAUGCAGAAGAUGAUGAAUUGCUCCCGGUUUAUGGUAAUAGUGAUGAUGAAGAAAAAUGUUAUUUAACAAGUGAUUUUGAAGAAGAAAUUAUGGAAGAAGAAAGAAUAUUGGCCAAAAAGACAGGAAAAUGGUCACCUCCUUUCAUUUAUGCAGAUUCAGAAAACAAAGACUAUUCUUCUAGUGAUGAUAGCAUUACUUCAGAAACAAGUGAAGAUGAGGAAUCACAAAUCGAUCAUUUAAUUAAUUUAUACAUGACAAAAGAGAGAGAAAAAUGGGACGCUACAAAAAAACCACAACUUGAAAAUAGAGCUUAUUAUUAUUGGUCAAGAUACUAUCCGAGGAAAAAAAAAACUGAAAAUAUAACUCGAAUGUCUACCUUACAACAAGAUUUAAAACAUUUAAGAAAUGAGCGCCUUCCUCAAUUAAUUGAACAAGUUAAAUCAAAUCUUAAUACAGUUAAAAAAUUAACGCUAGAAAAACCUUCAGUAAGACGUGCGUGUGGAGCGUUAGAUAUGACUUUGCAUCAGGUAUUCAAAAUCGAUUGGAUAUUGGAGCUCUUGAUUAGACCAGAAGUUCCACAGAAGCCUGCAAAGAUUCCUCAAAAAAAGAAAGAAAUUAAAAACGUAGAUAAUGUUGAAGUAUUUUUUAACUUUAUUUAUUUAUUUUUUUUGUUUAUUUAAUAUACAAUAUAAUUAAAUUGUUGUAGGUGAAUUCAGAUGAGGUUACUGAUGAUCAUGAAGAUGAAGAAUAUGAUUCAGAUUUCAUUGAUGACUCUGAGCCAGUUGACAUGGAUACUUAUAAUUCGGAAUGGGCAGAAUUA